UUCAUCCCAGGUUUAUUAAAGUACGAGGGGGAGAGCUCUCCAAGCUGGGAUGAUGAAAGUGGAAAGGAAAAGCUCUGUAUUGCAGAAGAAAAUAGACAUUUGGGUAGAAGCAACACAGCAGGGAAGCGAAUAACUUGUGCUGAAUGCCAAAGGACAUUUUCAAAAAUUGGCAACCUGAAAGCCCACAUGAGAACUCAUACAGGAGAAAAACCAUUUACUUGCCCUACAUGUCAAAGAAGUUUUACUCAAGUAUCUAAUUUAAAAAAUCACAUGAGAACUCAUACGGGAGAGAAACCAUAUACUUGCUCUGUAUGUCAAAGAAGUUUUUCUGAUUCAGGUGCCCUCAAAUGUCACAUGAGAACUCAUACGGGAGAGAAACCAUAUACUUGCUCUGUAUGUCAAAGAAGUUUUUCACAUCAAAGAAGUCUUAUAGUACACACGAGAACUCAUACGGGAGAGAAACCAUUUACUUGCCCUACAUGUCAAAGAAGUUUUACUCAAGUAUCUAAUUUAAAAAAUCACUUGAGAACUCAUACGGGAGAGAAACCAUAUACUUGCUCUGUAUGUCAAAGAAGUUUUUCUGAUUCAGGUGUUCUCAAAUGUCACAUGAGAACUCAUACGGGAGAGAAACCAUAUACUUGCUCUGUAUGUCAAAGAAGUUUUGCUCAUUUACCUCAUUUAAAAUCUCACAUGAGAACUCAUACGGGAAAGAAACUGUAUAUUUGUUCUGUAUGUCAAAGAAGUUUUUCUGAUUCAAGUGCUCUCAAAUGUCACAUGAGCACUCAUACGGGAGAGAAACCAUUUACUUGCUCUAUGUGUCAAAGAAGUUUUACUCAAUUACCUAAUUUAAAAACUCAUAUGAUAACUCAUACAGGAGAGAAACUGUAUACUUGCUCUACAUGUCAAAGAAGUUUUUCUCACCAAAGUGAUUUCACAAAACACAUGACAACUCAUACGGGACAGAAACCAUUUACUUGCUCUAUUUGUCAAAGAAGUUUUCCUGAGUCAGGUACUCUCAAAAAUCACAUGAGAACUCAUACGGGAGGGAAACCAUACACUUGCUCAAUAUGUCAAAGAAGCUUUUCUCAAUUAUCUUAUUUAAAACCUCACAUGAAAACUCACAUGGGAGAGAAACCAUAUACAUGCUCUGUAUGUCAAAAAAGUUUUUCUCGAUCAAAUUAUCUCAAAACACACACGAGAACUCAUACGGGAGAGAAACCAUUUACUUGCUCUCUAUGUCAAAGAAGUUUUAAUCAA